AUGAUGAACCAUAAUAACAAUUAUAACAAUAUGAAUAACAAUUAUAACAACAACAACAACCCGACUCGGAUUGUUCAGGAAGAAGUAAGCCUUGUUUCGGAAUUGUCUUUUAACGUCAAGUUGAACGUUGAUCGAUACGCUCAACUUUCGUAUGAUUUGAGAAGAAAGAGUCCUCCUCUUUCAGAAUGUGUGUUGAAUAUGCCUCGAUUAGCGAAUGGUUUGGAUUUGGGAGCGAAGAAUAGUUUUGGAACCAUUUUGAGAACGACCCGAUUGUUUCGAAAGAUCUUGUCGGAGAGAAAUCCUCCCAUUACUGAAGUGGUAGCAUCAGGAGCGACCUUACAUUUUGUGAAAUAUUUGACAAUGUCUGAACUUGAAAAUUAUUUUGAUAUCGAUUUUGAAGAAUAUCAUCAUCAUGACACUUCAAAGCAAAAAGAUAAAAAACUUCAAAAGGUGACUUUACAACAAGUGAAUUCAUUACAAUUUGAAGCGAUUUGGGCAAUCACAAAUGUGGCAUCUGGUACUUCUGAACACACAAAACAUGUCGUCGAAAUUGGCAGCGUACCUCCAAUGAUUCGAUUAUUGAAAACCUGCACAGACGACAAUGUAUUAGAACAGACUUGUUGGGCAUUGGGAAAUAUUGCAGGUGAUUCAACCACCUCGAGAGAUUUUGUCUUGUUUCAUGGCGCCAUGACAAAUAUUGCUCAUUUGCUGACAACAACACAAAGUAGAGCUGUUGGAAGAUGUGCCACAUGGGCCAUUUCGAAUUUAUUGAGAGGAAAACCAACCGUGGACAUGGAAUAUGUGAUGGAAGCUCUCCCCUUUCUGAGUCGAUUGGUUUUUUUGGAUGACAUUGAGAUUGUUCAAGAUUCAUUAUGGGCUCUGGCUUACGCGAGUGACGGCCCAAACGAUAGAAUUCAGGCUUUUGUGGAGUCUGGUUGCAUACCACAAGUCGUAGCAUUCUUGUCUCAUGAAAGUUCAGCUUUCGUUGUACCGUCAUUACGAACCAUUGGUAACAUUGUCACUGGUAAUGAUGAACAAACGCAAUACAUACUUUCUUUGGGUAUUUUAUCAAUUUUCCACACUCUCCUUGGCCACUCCAAAAAAGCAAUUCGAAAAGAAACGUUGUGGACAAUAUCCAACAUUUGUGCUGGGUCCAUACAUCAAAUUCAAGCGGUCAUUGAUGCCCACUUAAUUCCAAAAAUCAUAGAACGAAUAAGCACGGAUGACUUUGAUGUCCAACAAGAAGGAUUGUGGGCGCUUUCUAAUUGUUGUGGUGGUGCCAGUUUGGAUCAACUUGAUUAUCUAAUUCAGUGUGGCAUUAUUUCAAAAUUUUGCGAGGCGUUGCCUUCUAGUAAUGUCAAACAUGUCUUGGUCGCUCUUGAGGGUUUAAAGGGGCUCGCAGGUUAUUAUGGAAUGGUCGAUGACAACAUGGAUCUAGUCAAGAGCUUGAUUGCAGAAGAAGGAAUGCAACUAAUUUCGGAAUUACUUUCACAUGAUGACAAUGAAGUUUCAUCGAUUGCCUCAGAGAUUCAUGAAAUGCUGCAAAAAACGCAAAAAGAAUCAAUAUAA